UUCAGAUUUUGGCUUAUGUAAAUACUGAUUAACUUUAUAUAUAUAUAUAUAACUUGAGCAUUGAAUAGUUGCUGUUUAAAAAGAUCCUGAAUUUUUCUAAAGUUAUAUUGCCAAAAUAUUGAAUUCCGAUUUUUCUGUCGGGCUCGUGCAUGGGGACCUACAGUGGACUAACAUGAUUGGGGAGUAGAAAACUUUACACGAAUAGUUGUGAAAAUGUCUCUAUGCAGCACGGACCCAGAGUUCGUGUUCGCACUUCGGACCAAAGGAGACAACCGUACAGAGAGGGAGUUAAAUGUCAUUUAUUCUCGUCUCAAUCGAAUGGAAAUCCUCUCAAGUAUGAGGGAACAAAGUCUCCGCGGUAUUUGUACCUUGGUCCGAUACGAAAAACAUGACGCAAAUGAAAUUCUAUACAGGAAAGAUGAUGCGUGCAGAUGUUGGUACAUUCUCAUGUCUGGAUCAGUCUUCAUACAAGGGUCUAUGUUUCUACCACAUGCGUGCUUUGGUAAACAAAUACCUGGUACAAAACGUAGAGGUUGCCAAUGUUUGGUUCUGGAAUCUUCUGAAAUGAUCGCAAUUGAUUACCCCGACAUGGCAAUACACAGCAGUGGAAUGACCUCUCGACCUCAUGCCAUGCUACGACAUGACACCGGACAUCAUUCGCCACGAGGUGCACUUGACAGCGUCGCCGAAGUUGACACAUCUUCAGCAGAGAGUUCACCCUUACACCAGUCUAGAAGCAACAGUAUGCAUAAGUCAUCCAAUGGUCAAAUAAUGGUUGGGGGAGACAAUGUAUCUCAGUUCUCAAAAGACACAGAAGAGAUGGAUGAUUACUCAGAGCAAGAUCUGGAGGAGGAAGAUUCCAUCUCACUUCAUUCUUCUUCUUCCAUCAUCAUCAAAGAUCUUGUUAUCGAUGUUUUAAAGAAAGAUAUUUCGGAUAGAAACGGAGAUGAUUUAGAAAUUCUUCUUGAAUUCACAAAAAGCUUGCAAGCGUUUUCAAAUUUAACGGAACCCAUACGAAGAGCUUUAUGUAAAGUGAUGGUUUUUGCAUGGGUGGAAAAAGCUGGCACUGUUGUGCUUAAGGAUAACGAAUUGCUUGACUCAUGGUCAGUUAUAAUCAACGAUGUACAAGUCCGUAAAGAUGGGACAGAAGAAGACGUAUGCUUGAGUAUGGGGGAUAGUUUUGGUGUACAACCCACUCUCCAACCUCAGCAGCAUAAUGGAGUUAUGUACACAAUGUGUGACGAUUGUCAGUUCCUGUGCAUAGCCCAGCCCGAGUAUUGCCAAGUUCUCCAUCAAGGUCAAGAAAAUAUACAGAAUGUUUAUAAUGAAGCUGGAGAUCUUGUUAUGGUGAAAGAGAAGCGAGAAUUUGAAGGCGGAACGAAGAUUGGAAACAUUGUUAUUAGGGGCAAUGCCGACAGUUUAAUGCAUCACCUGCUCGAAGAGAAUUCCAUAGACACAACAUAUACAGAAGAUUUUCUUCUAACGUACCGUGCUUUUAACAACGACCCGCUGAAAAUAUCAAACAAAUUACUCGAGUGGUUUGACAGCGUUAUGUUUCGAGAUAAAGUUAUCCGCGUUAUACUUCUCUGGAUAAACAAUCAUUUCAAUGACUUUGAAUGUGACUGGCGUAUGAUGAAUGUUCUGGAGAAAUUUGAGGAGAAAUUACACCAAGCAAACUUGCAUGGACAAACUAAGCUCUUUAACAUUGCUUGUACAGCUAAAGCCCAAGCCAGAACCGUUACAAUUACUCGUCCUUCCAGCGAGGCAGAGCUUUGCUUCCAAAUACUUGGGGGGUCUGAGAAAAACUUUCCUAUCUACAUUUCAUCUGUUCUAGAAGGUUCGGAGGGUGAAACUAAAGGGGUCAAACGAGGUGACUUACUGCUUGAAGUAAACGGUCAAAACUUUGAAAAACUAACUCUAGAAAAAGCUACAGCGAUUUUGAAGAAAAACACAGAAUUACGCCUUACUUUGAAAACAAGUUUAUUUGCUUUCAAAGAGAUGGUCUCAGAACUGAGUAAUCCUCAAAAGAAGAAAAAGCACAAAACGGAUGAAAAAAACAUCUUUUUCCCUCCCGGGCAGCGUGGGGGUCGAAUGUCUCUCACUAUGAUGAGUGAAACAGAUGCUUUUGACCAAAAACACAAAAAAGGCAAUUCUUUAGGCGGCAAAACGAAACGUUUAAUGGCAAAAUUUAACGUUUUGCCCAAGAUGCCUUCAUUUGAUGGAGGAGACUCUAGAGUUACAAUGGAUGAUGGUUUUUUGACCGAAUCUUCCGAGCAAAAAAGAAUGGUCCCUGGUUCUUCUAAUACCAUUGAUGGAUUGAGGUCUUUUAAACAAACUGCUGCCAUUAGUUUGAGUAAUCCUGACUUACUGGAUCCUGCAGGGUUUACAGAGCUUUUAACCUUAGCAGCAGAAGUCCCAGAAGAUGUAAUCAAAGUC